CACAAAAUCAUUUUAAAUUAGUACUUUUCAUAGAACAACCAAACUAAAUAUUAUAAUACUUUAUUUUGCUCAAGAAUUCACCAACUCAAUUUGUAUUGACAAUAACUACAUAACAACAUUAUUGAUAUAAAUACUCACUGCAAUCCCAAACUCUAUACAUCAUUAUAAUUACUCAACAUAGAUUUAUUUUACAAUGGAUGCAAUAAGAAAAGUACUUGCUAAGGAGCCCAUUGAAACUUUCUCUGCUAUUAAGUUAUCAGUACAAGUUAGCUUUAUAUUAAUUCAUCACAAUUUAAUUUUUUACCUGCAAUUUCUUAAGACUAAAUAUUUUCCUAACAAUUAGAUCUGUUUGUUUUUCUUAUAUUUCUUUAGAUGUAUGCUGAGGUGGAUCCAUCAUUUACUCAAAAAUAUUACAAUCAACUCAAGGGUUCAUGGUAUGUUCUUAAUCAAGAUGACAGGGGCCACCUCUUAACUUGCACCAAAAGUUUUCUUAAUCCUCUCUUGACUAACGGAUGGAUUGAGGUUAAGCACUUCAAUGAGUUUCCUGAAGAUGUAGAAGUUGUCUUUGGUUAUUACGGAAACAAUAUGUUUGUUGUGGAAAUGUUCAAGGAGGUGACUGACCAUAGUGAACUCCCUAAGUGGCAUAGUCGCAGCACAGUACCUCAUCAAACUGCCUACUGUGACAUUACACUUGAUGAACAUGACUUUCUCAGCUCAAUGAAGACAGUCAACGAUGAUUUUAGCCAAAUUCUGAAACAAUAUCGAUACCAGGUCUCAUAUUUUGUGGCGAUAGUGGAAAAGAAGAAAACUUUGAAGUUUACUUUCUCAAUGAUGGAAAAUUGACAACACAAUUUGAAACCAAAAGGGAUCAUUUCUACAAAGCAAACCGAUUCAAAAUUGGCCAAACUAUUCGCUUGAAAUUGGACCUUUCCGAUAAUGUGAAGUGUCAUGUCUACCAAGUUGCUUCAACAUCUACAUCUAAUGCAUCUGCCUAAGAACUUCUUCAAUGUGUUUCAUCUACUACUAUGUUUAAUCUUCACCAUGUAGUGUGUUUAAUAUCACUAUACUUUAAUUCCUGUCAGGUUUGUUUAAUUAUGUUGUACUCAGUUCAU